AUGGUCGAACGAAACGUGAUUGUUCGCAAAUUAGACUCUUUGGAGGCAUCAAGUGCUGUCACCGACAUUUGUUCUAAAAAGACUGGCACAUUGACCCAGGGCAAGAUGGUUGUCAAAAAGGCAAGGAUUCCAUCCCGGAGAACGUACUCAGUGGGCCCAUCCAUUGAGCCAUUCAAUCCGACCGUUGGAAAAGUCUCCUACGCCCCUGUGCCUCCUGUGCAGCUCGACGAUGAGAACGAAGGGCCCGCUGCGGAUAUCAUAGGAGAUUUGAUACCGGGAAACCGCCAACUACAAGAGUUCUUGGAUGUCGCUUCCAUGGCAAAUCUGUCUCCUCUUCACAAGACCGAAGAGGGCGAAUGGCACGUGCGUGGUGAGCCCACGGAAAUUGCCAUUCAAGUUUUUGCAUCAAGAUUUAACUGGAGCUGCGACCGCUGGACCAAAGGUCAGGGUGUAGUGUGGCAUCAAAAGGCUGAAUUUUCUUUCGGUUCAACUGUGAAAAAAAUGACCGUGAUUUUCAACAAAGUUACUCCCCAUAAAAAUCGCACAAUGCUCUUCACCAAAGGUGCGGUCAAGCGCAUUGCAGACUCUUGCGGAGUGCUGAUCAGUCCAUAA